AUGGCAAUCUCGAUUCAACCCCUGUGCCCAUCUUUAGGAUCCGACAUUGACUUUGGUACCGUCAUCAAGGGUGUCGACCUCGAGAACCUGACGGACGAUAUAUUCACCUUGAUCCACCAGGAGCUCUACAGGAACCAAGUGGUAGUGAUCAAGAAUCAACAUCAUCUCACCCCGAAAGCCCAAUAUGAACUCACCAAGCGCUUCGACCCGUCCGCCUCACAGUACGGCCACGGCAAGACCGUCGACGCAAAGCGCAGCAUCCUGCACCCAGACCUAAAGACAGUACCACACCAACCCCAGGUGCAGGUCAUUGGACACGGCUUCGUCGAAUCUUACGAAGGCCUUUCCAACAUCCAGCUCAAACACCCCCACCACCGGACCUUCCACCGUGACCCCAUCCCGAUGGAAGAAGACCGCGACUAUACGCGGUUUUACAGAUGGCAUAUUGACGCGGCGCUGUACGACCUCCACCCGCCACACGUCACGACACUCCUCGCCGUACAGGUGCCUAAAGGCCGCCGACAAACACUGCGCUACGACGACGGAUCCAACGAGACACUGGACGUGCCCCUAGGUACGACCGCCUUCGUCACGGGUGAGAAAAUGUUCAGUCUUCUCUCCGAUGAAGACAAGGAAUUUGCCCUCACUAGCCGGGUUGAAUACGCACCGCAUCCAUACAUCUGGAUGAGCGGUGCGCGCUCCCUGCCCACAGGUCUCGGCCUCUACUCCGCCGAUCUGGAGCUCCCCACCACCGACCUCCCACCCGUCGAUCCCUCCAAGAUCCAGAUCCUACCCAUGGUAUGGAAAAACCCUGUGACAGGUAGACCCGCCCUACAGAUCCACCCGAGCGCCGUGCUCAGGAUCCACCGUGCAGACGGGACUAUCAUCGACGACUUGUCCCGCGUGCGGGACAUCGUCUACAGGAUGCAGAGGCCCGGUAUUUCCCCUGCUCAUGUGUAUCCGCACGACUGGGAGGAGGGAGACCUAGUGUUGUUUCAUAACCGAGGCGUGUUGCAUUCUGUGGUGGGGGCUUUCGGGGAUGACGAAGUGAGGUUAUUCAGGCAGUGUAAUUUGGCGGCUGGGGAGGGGCCUGUUGGGUAUUGA